AUGGCCCGUUCUCUGACCUGGCGCUGGUGCCCCUGGUGCCUGACGGAGGAUGAAAAGGCCGCAGCCCGCAUCGACCAGGAGAUCAACAAAAUCCUCCUGGAACAGAAGAAGCAAGACCGGGCCGAGCUAAAGCUGCUGCUGCUGGGGCCCGGCGAGAGCGGGAAGAGCACGUUCAUCAAGCAGAUGCGGAUCAUCCACGGGGCCGGCUACUCGGAGGAGGACCGAAAGGGCUUCCGGCCGCUCGUCUACCAGAACAUCUUCGUGUCCAUGCGGGCCAUGAUUGAGGCAAUGGACCGGCUCCAGAUCCCCUUCAGCAGGCCCGAGAGCAAGCACCACGCCAGCCUGGUCAUGAGCCAAGACCCCUACAAAGUGACCACGUUCGAGAAGCGUUACGCCGUGUCCAUGCAGUGGCUGUGGAGUGAUGCCGGCAUCCGGGCCUGCUACGAGCGCAGGCGCGAGUUCCACCUGCUCGACUCGGCCGUGUAUUACCUGUCCCACCUGGAGCGCAUCACCGAGGACGGCUACGUCCCCACGGCCCAAGAUGUGCUCCGCAGCCGCAUGCCCACCACCGGCAUCAAUGAGUACUGCUUCUCCGUGCAGAAAACCAACCUGCGGAUCGUGGACGUCGGGGGCCAGAGGUCUGAGCGCAAGAAGUGGAUCCACUGCUUUGAGAACGUGAUCGCCCUCAUCUACCUGGCCUCCCUGAGCGAGUACGACCAGUGUCUGGAGGAAAACAACCAGGAGAACCGCAUGAAGGAGAGCCUGGCCUUGUUUGGCACCAUCCUGGAACUUCCCUGGUUCAAGAGUACAUCCGUCAUUCUGUUCCUCAACAAAACCGACAUUCUAGAAGAGAAAAUCCCCACCUCCCACCUGGCUACCUACUUCCCCAGUUUCCAGGGCCCCAAGCAAGAUGUGGAGGCAGCCAAGAGGUUUAUCCUGGGCAUGUACACCAGCAUGUACACAGGCUGCCUGGACGGCCCCGAGGGCAGCAAGAAGGGCCCUCGCUCCCGACGCCUCUUCAGCCACUACACGUGUGCCACAGACACGCAGAACAUCCGCAAGGUCUUCAAGGAUGUGCGGGACUCGGUGCUCGCCCGCUACCUGGACGAGAUCAACCUGCUGUGACCCAGGCCCCGCAGGGGGCAGGUGGCACCUGUGGGCAGGUGGGUGGCCAGAGUGGCCCCCAAAUGCCCCUCCUGUGGCUCCAGCCUCAGGCCCGGGUGGCAGGAGGCCCAUUCGUGAGCGAGGCGGAGGAUGGGUGGCCCGCCCCCUCUCCUCUCUGUUUUUCACCAGGACAGCCCCCCUGAGUUCCCCUUCCUUUGACUCAGUUUACCUCCUUUGAAAAGGAGGGAGCAAAGUGGUCCUUUGGGAUGCCAGCGUGUAGGAAAAGGUGAAGAAAUCAAGGAUCGAGGACUUGGGUGGGUGAGUGUCUCUCAAGAGCCCCACCUCUGGGCAUGUGACCUCCUGGGCAGGAGUCUGGGAGUGAUGUGGUCUUUCAGGCGCCUUCUGGAGUGGAUUGUGGGGUCCCCUAGUGGACAGGAGGAGGAACUCCCUUCCGGAGGGCAUCUCCCAGCCUGAGAAUCAGGGUAGGGCAGGGACUUGCCUUUGCCAGGGGGACGAGACCCCAAAGAAACGCUGUCCCUUUCAGUGUAUCCUGCCCCGGUUUGCAGACGAGGGAAACAGAGGCCCGCAGGAUCCCCCUCCUUCCCAGGCUGGGGGGCCGAGCAUGCUGUAUCGUAACAACCUGUAUUUAUUCGCUCACCUUCUGCGGGGCCCCUUGUGGGGUAGACAUUAAAGAAGUGACAUUCUGGA